AUAAAAAUCGAAUAUUCAGCGUCUAAUUCAGUUCGACGAUUCUAUUAUUUUGUUGCAAAUAUAGUUACUAUAGUGUUUUUACAAACCUAUUUUGGUGUUUUAUUACCAUUACACAGAAUUUAAUCUCGACGCACUUGCUAAAAUCGAUUCGUUCGUGUGUCGACACUCGUAACGAUUAUGUUUGUUUAAAUUGAAUUUCAAAGUUUUCUACGCUACAAUUAUUGUCAAUGGCUAAUCAUUACGAUGUGCCCAAUUGGGCUGGCAAACCUCCUGUGGGUUUGCAUUUAGACGUAUUAAAAGGAGACAAAUUGAUUCAAAAACUAAUGUUGGACCAGAAAAAAUGUUACUUAUUUGGGCGCAAUGCUCAAAUGAGUGAUUUUUGUAUUGAUCAUCAAUCGUGUUCGAGAGUUCAUGCAGCUUUUGUUUAUCACAAACAUUUAAACAGAGCAUUUUUAGUUGAUCUUGGAUCUACACAUGGUACUUAUAUUGGUAGCAUACGAAUUGAAGCAGAAAAACCUACACAAUUGCCAAUUAAUAGUCAGUUCCAUUUUGGUGCAUCUACUCGAACAUAUAUUAUACGUGAACGUCCUCAAUCUACAUCAGCCUUUGGACCUCGUCCGAUCAUGGAUCAAUUAGAAAGAGAAUCUGAUAAUGCAUCUAGUUUAUUAGGAUUACCAGAAACCGAUCUUGAACUAGAUAAUUUAACUGAAUUUAAUACGGCACAAAAUCGACGCAUAUCAAUGCUUGGUAUAUCAGAUGAUGCAUUAAAACCAAAAAGAAAACGAACUCGAAUUCAUUUUAAUGAAGAUGAACAAAUUAUCAAUCCAGAAGAUAUUGAUCCAUCUGUUGGUCGUUUCAGAAACCUUAUUAGGACUACUGUCAUACCUAAUAAAAAAUUCAAAGACACAAUGGGUUUUUCAAUCGACCAAAAUAAUUCAAAUAAUCAGAAUAAGAACUACAUGAAAAAUAUGAUUCCAGGUGCACAUUUAAGCAAUUCACUUUACAAUGAUAUUCCAGGUCCUGAAGGUGAUAAACAACAUGGAUUCUUAUCAUCUAUUGGUAAUCGUCUUGGUAUGAAUUUACCAAAUCCAGCCCCAGAUGUCGAUAUUAAUCCUAGUAUAGAAGAAACAGUUGUUCCCAAACCAACGGUAUCAGAAAAAGUUGAACCAACAUCAAUGGAACCCAAAAAGAAGAAGUAUGCAAAAGAAGCAUGGCCUGGGAAAAAAAAUGCUCCAACUUUACUUGUUUAAAAAAUAAAAUCAAUAUCUUAUGUAUUGAGAUACCUCAACUGCUCUUCAACAUACAUUUUUUUCAAUAUAAUAUUAUUAAGCAUAAUUGAAUAGUAACUGUUAAUGAAUUUUUGACUUGUUUAAAGAAUCUAAAAUAAAAUUCAAAAAUAUAUUAAGGUAUUGUGUUCACAAUAUAAUAUGUGGGUGUGUGUAAGUUUGUAACUUAUGAAAGUGUGUAAUAUGUAUGCUAAAAUAUAAUAAGUAUUAUGAAUUA